UACAACAGUUACUGCUGGCAAGCACAUUCAUUCGGAGACCCGAGCAGCCUUUCUUGAGUUGAGCGAAAACUUUGCCUGUGUUUGUUUCGUCUGACAGCGGGACGUUUUACCAGGAUCUAGAAACAGUCGUGUCGUGGCAAUCACACGCCUUUAGAAACUAUGUAGAGAUGGAGUUCAUGAAACUGAUCGGAACUGUUUUGGCAGUUUGUUUCCAUCCCAGCUGCGCAUCAAGCGCGUUCGGUGAACACAGGAUAUGCCGGAGAGGGACAGAGAAGCCCUGCUAUAAGAUCACAAGCUUCCAGGACAGCAGGCUCAGAGCGAGCUUUGAGGCAGCCAGAGAGAAAUGCAGGGAGGAUGAUGGGGAGCUGCUUAGUAUUGAGACCGAAAAUGAGCAGCGUCUGGUGGAGAGGAUUGUUCAGGAGCUCAGGGCCUCGGAUGGAGACUUCUGGAUUGGGCUACGAAGGAGCCCACAAUAUAAUGUUGAUUGUUCAGCACAGUAUUACUGGCUGGAUUACAGUCAGGCCACAUUUAGGAACUGGCUGGUGACGGAGCCUUCUUGUGGCCUUGAUCAGUGUGUGGCGUUAUUCUACCGGCCCUCGUCUUCUGCUGUCCAGAAGAAACGCAACCUGUUCAAGUGGAUGGACUACAAUUGCAAUUCCAAGAAUAAUUUCAUCUGCAAGUACUCAGACGAGAAGCAUCCUGUCCCCACUCCAGCAGGAAAUAUCACCACACAUACAGGUAUUGAUGACCUGACUCUGGUGCCAAAGCACCCGCCCAUUACUGUGGACAAUGACAGGAUAAAAACUGAACUCUCAGAGUCAUCUGUUUCUAUUUCAGAUGACACGAUUAAUAUUUACUACAUCCUCCUGGCCAUUCUACCUGUGAUGCUGCUGUUGAUAUUGGUGGUGUCAGGGGUGUUCUGUUUCAGAGUCAUGUCAAGGAGGAGAAAAGAACAGAAUGAAAUCUAUGCCGUGCCAGGACAGUGGGUGCGUCCAGUAGCUCCAAAAAGUCAAAAUAGUUAUGAACACGCCAACAAAUUCAACCAGCCCGGAGCUCACCUGGAGUACAUGAGCUCUGAAAUCGACAGAACAUUUAGCGUGACAUCCACAAACAGUCAGUUUGAGGACUACGAGAACGUUCCGAGCCGCCCCACACGGUGUGGUUUUGUCACUAAUGACAUCUACGAGACCUGCCGGAGCCCCUCGGCAGGGGAGGCCGGAUGGGUGGACAAUGACAUAUAUGGAUACUAAAACACUAUACAGUAUAUACUGAUCUCUCUCCCACUAGUGUGGCACCAUGUUUGAUCUCUUCUCCAGUCUGUAUGCCUGCUCUUUGAUGUGCCCUCUGUGAUCUAGUGUGAAGGAUUGGGAAGCCAGUGGGGUCUAAUGCAGGGGUGUACAGCACAGUGAAGCUCAAAUUCCCAUAACUGACUAUACAAAGAAGCAUAAAGGUGUCAUCGGCUUGUGAGAGCUUCCUCUGUGGAAGCUGGUAUCCUGGAACAGGACCUUCCCUUUUGGAAAUCCACAAAACACGCUGACCUCUCAGCCCAUCUCAAAAACAUCCUUCUGUCUCUGAAAAUGGCCUCUCUAAAGGAUAUCUACUGAUGUUCCUUUGUUUUUGAAGGAUAUGUAGUUGCUUUGUAAGCUCCAUUGUGUAAAAAAAAAAAAAACAGAAUUAAAGGUAUUAGCUAAAGGAUUUGUAUGCAUAAAACAUUAUUGUAACAUAUUGAUUAUGUAUUUUUCUUUUGGGUAUGGUAUGAAAUUGUGA